AUGGUGAGAAACAAACAACCAACCAAUGAAGAUGGCAAAAGUGGAGAAACAUCAAAACAAAUUGCACGAGAAGGGGUUGACUACAUAAGUCACAUGCCGAGGGAAGUUAUGCAUCACAUACUCUUAUUUUUGCCUUUUGAGUAUUGGAUAAUUUUGGGCAUGGUUUCAAAACAAUGGCAAUAUCUUAUGUAUGAAACUCCAACUUUUAUUCUCGAUGAGAAUGAAAUUGUUUCAAAAAUGACAAGACAAAUUCGCGGUGUAUUACAUGAAGAGCAACCUCGAAGUGAAUGGCUUGAUGAGGGCAAACAAAGAUUUGCAGAGUUUGUGAACCGCAUUUUAAUAUAUCACUCUGGUUGUCUCAUAACCUUUACACGAUUAUCGCUUCAAUAUGAACCUAGAACAAUAUAUUCCUUAAAUGUUAACAAUUGGGUUCACUUUUUGAUGACAAGAGACAUAGAGAAGCUUGAGUUGAAAUUCUCAUCAACACCAAUCUUGUACUAUGAACUAGAAGGUUUGGCAGUGAGGCGCACAAGAACAGCACAGACUUUUCAACUUCCUCGUCACCCUUUUGAGCCCAAAUUUACAAGUUUCUUUUUGAACUUCUGCAAACUUGAAGCAUCUAGAUUUGGCUCUUUUAUGAACUUAAAAGUUCUAUAUUUGACAGAUGUGAAGAUUCUAGACCGUUCUAUUGGACAAUUUGUUUCAAAAUGUCCAGUCCUCGAAGAUUUAUACUUGGAGAGAUGCUCUGUAACCGAGAGAUUUUUCGUUUGUAAACAAGAUCUGAAAAUCAAACAUUUGAUCUUGCUCAAUUGUAUGACAGAAUAUUGGCAAAUGUUUGCGAUUGACAUAACUGUUCCACAUUUGAUGAACCUGGUGAUCAUAGGAAGAUAUCUCAUGAAUUCAACCAUAAGAAAUGCAACCAAUCUGGAAGACUGCUCAAUCGACAUCAAUCAAGGGUUUUCAGAUAAUGAACAGGGAAACUUUCUAGCUAUGAUUAUGAUAAAUUUAAGAAGUUGCAAGACUCUAGCUUUAAGUAGCUGGUGCAUUCAGGUUCUUCCAACGUUAGAUAUUGGAUUAAGUCAACAACUGCACGGUUCAUUUACGAAUUUGACAAACUUAAGGUUAACUGUCGGUUAUGUGAAACAAGAACUACCUGGAAUAGUCCUGUUAUUGCAAAGUUGUCCUUGUCUUGAGAAAUUGAUGUUGGACAUUUAUACAGCCAAAGACAUCGAUUGGCUGAUGAUUGUUAAUGACAUGUUUGAGGGAUAUGAACCGGAAGUUUUUCAUUUCGAAGAGGAUAACUAUCUUGAGAAUCAGACUCGAGAUAUCCUUUGUCUGCAAAGAAGCCUCAAGGUUCUUCAAAUUUACGGGUUCAUGGGACGAAACCAGGAGAUACAUCUAGUAGAGUUCCUACUCCGUAAUGCACUAGUGUUGGAGAAUCUAGUCAUAUACAAUGAUUUUCCAGAUGAAUGUGGAACUCGAGAAUCAGCCCCGAGUCUUCGUGAGUUGGACCAGCGACGCACGUUGCAAGCACUGCUGGAUUUACCGAGGGCAUCUUCUGUUGUUCAAGUUUCUGUGGAAAAAAUCAGAGUUUUCGAUGAGUAG